CUGUGAUGCUAACACCAGUUUAUCUAUGCUAGUUGGUAGCCUCUGUGAUGCUAACACCAGUUUAUCUAUGCUAGUUGCUAGCCUCUGUGAUGCUAACACCAGUUUAUCUAUGCUAGUUGCUAGCCUCUGUGAUGCUAACACUAAUGAAUAGUCUCCUUCUCAUUUGCCAGCACUGUCCUGUCAAUCACUGGUUGCUCAAUAGUCUUAAUUUUGUCCCUCAUGCUGCACCAUACAGGUGAAGCUUUAACUUCAACCCUCCCAGAUGUUUUCUUCAAAUCUUUCUUUCUUUGUUCCUGUAAACAUUCUUCAUUUCUCCAUUUGGACAGCGUCUUUAGCUUUUCAUUAAGUCAGAGUUGAAACUGUAACAGACUCCGUGCUGCUGCUGUAAACUGUAGACAAGGACUGAUAUCAAUCAAACCAUGUAAAAUAAAAAGUCCAGUAUCACCUGGAUGAGUCUGCUGGUGACCACAGGUGAGUCUGUCUGUGCUGCAGGUAUUAUCGAGGGGCGGUGGGGGCCCUGCUGGUUUACGACAUCGCCAAACAUUUAACCUACGAGAACGUGGAGCGCUGGCUGAAGGAGCUGAGGGACCACGCUGACAGCAACAUCGUCAUCAUGCUGGUGGGCAACAAAAGUGACCUGCGCCACCUGCGAGCUGUUCCCACUGACGAGGCCCGGGCCUUCGCCGAGAUUUAUCGCAUCGUCUCCCAGAAGCAGAUGUCGGAGCGCCAGGAGAGCGACAUGUCUCCCAGCAACAACGUGGUCAACAUCCAGGUGCAGCCCACCGAGAACAAACCAAAGAUGCAGUGCUGUCAGAACAUCUAGCCCAGCUGUGGACCUGCUCCCCCCUCCCCUCCCCUCGUACCUCCCCUAACCCCGCCCCCUCAGAGAACAGACUAUCCAGGUGUGGAAAGAUUGAGCUGCAGAUUAAAGCCUGCACUGAACUCCACCUGCCCCCCCAGUAAAUAAACCUCUGUAUAAGACAACAAGCCCCGCCCCCUCCUGUCUUUAGGCUACUGCAGGACAGCAGGCGUCUCUCUGCCCACCUUAGUUUGCUGGUGUAGGUGCGCUGAGCUGUCACAGAACAGUCUUAUAUCUGAAUGUSAUUCCUUUUCUUUCUCCACCUGUUUGAA